AUGAAGGACUACUCUGAAGUCAUCGUCUGCCUGGAGGCAGCCGAGCUGAGCAAGACUGAGUUCUGCAAUCCGGCUUUUGAGCCUGAAGCUGAACAGCCCUGCCCUGUACCUGCCUUCCAGGAAGAGGCCCCCCACAGCGGUCCAGCUCCCUGGCCUGGCCGGCGCCAAGGCAGGCUGCAACCCGACUGCCGCUUCUCCUGGCUCUGCGUGCUCCUGCUCACUGGCCUGCUGCUUCUGCUGCUUGGGCUGCUGGUGGCCGUCAUCCUGGCGCAAUUGCAGGCCGCACCCCCAUCCGGCGCCACCUACAGCCCCCUGCCUGCCCGGGGCCUCCCCACCACUGCCUCCGCUCCCACCACUCUCACCACUACUACUACCAUGGCCCCUUGGGCAUUUGGAACUCCUGGCCAGCUGCGGGAGGAGAGCAUGAGUCCCAUGACCCAGUCCACCUGUGGGGGCCUCCUUCCUGGUCCCAGGGGCUUCUUCAGCAGCCCCAACUAUCCAGACCCUUACCCUCCCCAUGCCCACUGUGUGUGGCACAUCCAGGUGGCCACAGACCACACGAUACAGCUCAAGAUUGAAGCUCUCAGCAUGGAGAGUGUGGCCUCCUGCCUCUUCGAUCGCUUGGAAAUCUCUCCGGAGCCAGAAGGACCCCUCCUCAGGGUGUGUGGGAAGGUGGCUCCUCCCACACUCAACACCAAUACCAGCCGCCUCCGGGUGGCCUUCGUCUCCGAUGGCAGUGUGGAAGGGUCUGGCUUCCAGGCCUGGUACCAGGCUGUGACCCCCGGGCACGGGAGCUGUGCCCAUGACGAGUUCUUCUGCGACCAGCUCAUCUGCCUGUUGUCUGACUCAGUGUGCGACGGCUUUGCCAACUGUGUUGACGGUAGUGAUGAAGCCAACUGCAGUGCCAGGAGCUGGGGGUGUGGGGGGAACGUGACGGGGCUCCGGGGCACGUUCUCUGCUCCCAGCUACCCGCAGCAGUACCCUCACCACCAGCUCUGCACCUGGCAUAUCUCGGUGCCCACAGGACACGGCAUUGAGCUACAGUUCCACAAUUUCAGUCUGGAGGCCCAGGACGAGUGCAAGCUGGCUUAUGUGGAGGUGUAUGAGACCCGCAGCUCGGGGGCCCUCAGCCUCCUGGGCAGGUUCUGUGGGGCAGAGCCACCACCCCGUCUCAUCUCCUCGCACCAUGAGCUGGCCGUGCUGCUGAGGACCGACCGUGGCAUCAGCAGUGGGGGCUUCUCAGCCACCUUCCGGGCCUUCAAUGCCACAGAGAACCCCUGUGGGCCCCGAGAGUUCUGCCAGGAUGGAGGAUGCAAGAGUCUGCAGUGGGUGUGUGACAUGUGGAGAGAUUGCACCGAUGGCAGCCAUGACAACUGUACCAGUCCCCUCUUCCCAGCACCAGAGCUGGCCUGCGAGCCUGUGCAGGUGGAGAUGUGCCUGGGUCUGAGCUAUAACACCACAGCCUUCCCCAACAUUUGGGUGGGCAUGGCCACCCAACAGGAGGUGGGAGAGGUUCUCCGAGGUUACAAGAGCCUGACCAGCCUACCCUGCUACCAGCACUUCCAGAGGCUGCUCUGUGGGCUGCUGGUACCCCGCUGUACCUCGCUGGGCAGCAUUCUGCCCCCUUGCCGCUCUGUCUGCCAGGAGGCAGAGCGCCAUUGCCAGUCUGGCCUGGCCCUUCUGGGCAUUCCCUGGCCCUUCAAUUGCAACAGGCUGCCUGAGGCAGCAGGCAUAGCCACCUGCGCCCAUCCGUGA